AUGUUAUCUCUCCUGAUAACCCUCGCACUUCCAAUGGUAUGGGCAGAAACCACAAUUCCCAAUACAGGCGAUCAACCUCAAUCAUUCUUAUUCGGAUUUACAUCCUCCCAUCAAGUUUUACCCAUCACACCAUCCUGUCCAUCUCCUCUUACCCUCUCUGCGCUGACGCCAACGAACGAACAGACGAGUGAUCCAAAGGCACCAUAUACGAUGAUAACGCUAGUGCACGAGCAAUUGAUAGAUGGGACUGGGAUCCAGUUUGAGAGGUUAUAUAGUGCUAGCUUGGAUGUAGGGGAUAUGAGUAAAGUUAAGGAUGUCAGGCAUCCUUGGAUGAAUGGGACUCAAUUUAUAGCUUGUAUAUGGGGAUCUAAUGGUGCCUCAGGUGGAUGUCAAGACCUAUACACCGUCGUACCUUCAGAAGACACCUUUGACGCUUAUGCAACACCAACUUCGACAUGUCGGACAUCCAAUGUUCUAGAAUCUUGGGUACCAGCUGCGAACGAGACGCUAGAUGUGGAAGUAGUGGGUCCAAGUGGAGAUGUAUCUUGGAAUGCUUGGCCAGCUUCAUGCUCAGACCUUCAGAUAAGUCCUAAGAAUGGUACACCACCCUAUACCCUCCUCGUCGCUCCAGCAGCCCAUCCUCCAGUGAAUAUAACGACUUCAACACUACCUAUCAACUAUACUGUCCGAUUGACCCACGGUCAAGCUUUCAUGUUGGGAUUAUACGAUUCGUCUGGGAAAAGUUGGGCUUUUGGUCCUCUACAUGCUGGAGCGAGUGACGAUCUUGCUUGUCUAGCUGUCGCUACAGGUCAACAAGUACCUCAGAAAGAAGAGAAGAUUGGUGUUAGUGUUCUGGCGGGAAGUGUGGCGGGUGCUUUUGUAUUUGGUGCGUUAGGUGCAGCUGGAUUGAUGUGGUUCUUGCUGGGUGGUAAAAAGAGGUUGCGGAAAUCCUCUUCCGAACAGAAUUUCUACUCCGAUCCUAGACCAGCCUCAUACUCUACACCUACCAAUUCAUUCAUCAGCAAACAACUCACUCCCAAUGGUAAUUCCCUUUCGCCAUAUUUGGAUUCACCAGAAUUCGACACUCCAGCUACAUUAUACGAUCCUCAUGUUCCUGGACCCAACCCUCAAUCAUACCCUCAAGGACCAGGUAGUGCUUCUCAUGAUCGCGAUAAUCGUGUAUUCCCUCGACCACCUUUAGUCAGUAUGUCGGAUGAUUAUUCUGGUGAUUCAUAUAGGGAGAACAUAUUUAUGGGACAAAUCAGAGAGAGGGAUAGGAGAUCAAGUGUUACUUCUGGCCAAGGUCAUGGGCAUGUACAAGACCCCUCAUGGACUUCAUCAACCAAUAGCAGAUCAGGUAGAAAACAAAAUACACCUAAAUCUUCACCUGGUAUAGUCAUUCAAAAUCCAUCCUCACCUAGGCCAGGAUCAUUCGGUUCGACAUCCCACCAUCACCAGAAUGAUGAACCUUCUUCACCUUCUUCAGGUAGAGGACCAAGACAUGUCUAUGUGGUACAUUCAGAUGGAAUGAAUGGGGAUUUACAUAUACAGUUACCUGAUUUGAAUUCUAGAGUUAUUGAAUUACCACCUGAUUAUAGACCUGGACCCGAACAUGAAAACAAUGAUAAUAACGGUGGUUUGUCUCAGCCGCGACCUCAGGCUCAAGCUCAGCCUACACGAUCACUCCCGAAUAUACCUGUCGUACCGGGUGGAGAAGGAUUGGUGGAGCCUGCGAGAUCAAGGAAUAGUUUGAAUGCGAAUGAAAUGACAGAAGAUGAGUUGAGAGCUAGGGCCGAGGCUAGGAUGAGAGAGAAGACGAGAAGAUUUACAUAG